AUGGAGUUGAAAGAGCUCGAUCCCGAGCCUGUGGCUCAUUACAGACCUGUAGAGGGCAUAGAGAAACCCAGUGGUAUUUUGAACUGGCUCAAUCCAAGAAUUUUGAGGAUUUCGUUACGGAAAAUUCAAAAAUACUCUGUCUGGCCCUUUGCAGCUUAUUUCCCAUUGCAUGCCAUCAAUACGCUCAUAGUGCCAGCUAUAUCACCCGAAGGGGCUCCAAACGAUGUGCUCAUGAUGGUACGGGAACUAUUACCAGGGUUCACGAGUACCCUUUUGAGUGCUUCUGUCGCUGCGCAUUUGGCUAGCGGAGUGGCUCUGAGAAUAUGGAGUCUUGUAGCGAAUUGGAGAAGACCGAAAAGAGCCAAAAAUAGGGUACAGGACUCUGCUGAGCGCGAAUCACAGCGUGAAAUAGGACUUGUAGGCGGUCUUUCCGGUUAUUUUAUCGGUGUCACGAAACAACUGUCAUAUAACCCUCAAAUUCUUACAGGGUAUAUCCUGGCACCUGCGAUAUUCUACCAUACAUAUCUCAUGAAAAAGGCUCCACUACAGGAAGGAAUUGACAUAGAUUUUGACUUUGUCAAGUGGAUCUUGCAAAAUGACAGCAAAUUCAUCAAGUGGUGGAUUGGAAUCAUACCGCUGUCGGCACUCAUAUGGACAGCGUCUUAUCAUUUUGGGGCCGGUUUGUGCCAGUAUGCGCGAAUCAGGCGUUUAAGCGUAAGGAAGAGCAUGUCGACUUUGAUUCUCGGCCUUACAAGCAUGGGGCUAGUAGGUUUGUGGCGGCUUUCAAAAACAACCUCUGUAUUUUACAACAGUGACUACCAGCGAAUUUUGAACGCGGUUAUCCGCUGA